GACUAGUAAUGUGUGCUUCAGGUCAAGGAUCGUCUUUGAUUAUAUGUGUGAGAAUAUUGACUGGCUACACAGAUACAUUAUACAAGGACUUGAGUGGUAAGACACUACUUCAGCUUCCAAAACUCUAUGGUGCAGGCCAUAGACAGGAGAGUUACAAUAUGUACCUUUUCUGGAUCACAAUGUUUGACACACUAUGGCAGAGCCUUGUUCUCUUCUAUGUACUUUUAUUCACCUAUAGGGAGAGCACUAUUGACAUAUGGGGCAUGGGAAGUUUGUGGACGAUUGCAGUUGUUAUCCUAGUUAAUAUGCACUUGGCAAUGGACAUUAAGCGGUGGUUGCUACUUACUCAUUCUUCAGUUUGGGGAUCAAUAAUCAUUACUUAUGCCUGUGUGGUGGUAUUGGAUUCUAUACCCAUCUUCCCCAAUUACGGGACAAUAUACCAUCUGGCAAAGUCACCUGCAUAUUGGCUCUCCGUCUUGGUUAUAAUAGUCUUAGCAUUACUCCCUCGCUUUAUUUGGAAAGUUAUACAUUAAAAUUUUUGGCCUUCAGAUAUCCAGAUAGCUAGAGAAGCUGAGAUACUGAGAAAAGAACCUAAUUAUUUUGGGUCUAAGCCAGAUCUAGGUUCCAGUUAAUAUGUAUAUUAUUAACUGAUCCAAUUUGCUAUGACCUGGCCAGAGUUUGUCCAGCCAAAUGUGAAAUUUAAUGACAUAUGGCAUGGUUUUUCUGGACAAAGAGGUAGCGUGACGGACCUUAAAAUAUGUGUUCACAUUAUAUUAUAUAAUAAUAUAAAUAGUAUAGAUGUAUGUAUUGUAAGUUCAAGGAAACUUAUACCAUGAGAAAUAACACACAGAUUUCAUGAUAAAAUGGGCAGUUCAGAGAUCAGUUAGUCUUCCUACCACAUCAUGUAGCGGUAAUACAUCACAUGGCUCAGUUUCAGCUGGUACGUAUAAGUUUUUGACUUUUUAGUAGUAUUUGUAUAGUAUACUUCAAUUGAAAUCAAAUGGACAUGACUAUCACAGUUUAUUUGUUUAUUUGUUUGAUCAAUUACAGAGAAUUUUAUUAAUCAUUAAAUAUGAUUUUAUAUUAUUUUUGGUGAUUGAUCUCCUUGUGCCAUUGUGCGAUGUGUUCAUUGUUUUGUUCAAUUACGAAGGAAUCUUAUCAUGACAAAUUGACAGCUUGUCUCAAACCACCCCCACUCCCUCUCUUACUUUUGCAACUGCUUGUCUCUUACUACAUCAGCAUAAUUUGCCAAUGCCUGAACUCUCCUCUAAAACCUCUUGAUAUGCUGCCACUCCUAUAACAUCAAAAGGAUUU